AUGCCAUCCCACAUAAGAACAUAUGACGGAACUGAAGAUCCUGAAGACCACCUCCAAAUCUUUACAGGGGCUGCAAGGAUUGAAAACUGGUCUAAUGACGAGUGCUGCCUCAUGUUCAUGCAAACCCUUGUAGGGUCUGCCCGGAUAUGGUUCAAUGACCUACCCGAAAGAAGUAUUCGAACCUUUGACGACCUGAUCAAAGGUUUCCUGACCAACUUUUCACAGCAACAGAGGUACGUCAAGGAUGCAACGGUGAUUUUCCAGACCAAGCAACGAGACGAUAAAAGCCUUAGAGGUUUCAUCGAAAGAUACAAGAAAGAAGGGUUAACCUACGUGGGUGCAGAAGAAAAAAUGAGGGUGGCAGGCUUCGUGAACGCCAUCACCUCCAAGUACCUCACUAGAGACUUCAACAAGUGCCUACCUAUAACCCUUGAGAAGGCCCUCAAAAGGGCUGAAGCUCACAUUCGUGGGGAGGAAGCUGUUGACAUCAAGGAACAAAGGAAAAGGGGUCCUAGUUGGAGGAGUAACAGUCCCAACAGGAAAAGAAAUAACUAUGGUUCCUAUGACAAACGCUCUAGAAGUUCGGAUCCCAGAAGGCCUGAAGGCAGGAACCCUCCAAGCAGGGAAAAACUGUGA